AUGGCUGUCGUCGAUUUCCUUCUUACGCCCUAUGCAAUCUCAAUUGCAUUGGUACUCUUCUUUGUUGUGCCAUAUCUCACAUCCAAUACCGCCAUUAAAAACAUCCCAGGACCCUUUGCAGCGAAAUUCUCAAGGUUAUGGCUGCUGCUACAAGCUCGUCUGGGGUAUCGAUAUCUCAGUGUUCAUGCUGCUCACGCGAAGUAUGGAAAAAUGGUUAGGAUCCAGCCGGAUCAUAUCAGUAUCGCAGAUGAUUCUGCCAUUCAGUCGAUUUAUGGUCAUAGCAAUGGAUUCUUGAAGUCAGACUACUACGAUGCUUUCGUCUCUAUUCAGAGAGGUUUGUUCAAUACUCGAGAUCGUGUCGAACAUACAAGAAAGCGCAAGACUAUUUCGCAUACCUUUUCGACUAAAAGUAUUGGCCACUUCGAACAAUAUAUGCAUGGAAAUCUAGAUUUGUUUGUCAACCGAUGGGAUGCAAUGGCGGAUAAUGCGCAUGGUCAAUAUGCUAAACUUGACUGUCUUCACUGGUUCAACUAUCUCGCUUUCGACAUCAUCGGUGACCUUGCAUUCGGAGCUUCAUUUGGCAUGCUAGAACAGGGAAAGGAUAUCACGGCCAUCAGAAAGACCCCUGAUGGACCAAUCACUUACGCCCCGGCUGUCGAAGUUCUUAAUCGCCGUGGUGAAGUUUCUGGCACACUUGGAUGCUUGCCACAACUCAAACCAUACGCCAAAUACUUACCAGAUCCUUUCUUCAGUCAAGGUCUCGCUGCAGUUCAAAACUUGGCUGGCAUUGCUGUUGCUCGAGUGAGCCAACGUCUCGAUGGUGAGAAAGAGGAUGGUCGUGUUGAUCUUCUCGCCAGACUUAUGGAAGGCAAAGAUGAGACAGGUGCCAAACUUGGCCGCCAAGAAUUAACUGCGGAAGCUCUGACUCAACUUAUUGCUGGCUCGGAUACUACAUCCAAUACUUCAUGUGCAAUUCUCUAUUGGAUUUGUAAAACUCCCGGUGUCCUUCAAAAACUCCAAAAGGAAUUAGACAAUGCAAUUCCUGUGGGCGUCGAUGUCCCCAAUUUCGAUAUGGUCAAGGAUCUGAAAUACAUGAACAAUGUCAUCCAAGAAAGUCUCCGUAUUCAUUCCACUUCAUCGCUCGGACUCCCUCGUACCGUUCCUCCCGGAGGGGCCGAAGUAUGCGGACGUUUCUUCCCAGGUAAUACAGUCCUCUCGGUACCAGCCUACACAAUUCAUCACUCCAAAGAAAUCUGGGGAAGUAACGCGGAUGAUUUCGUACCAGAUCGAUGGGAUAACUUGACCGAAAGGCAAAAGAAUGCUUUCAUCCCAUUCAGUUAUGGACCAAGAAGUUGUGUGGGAAGAAAUGUAGCCGAGAUGGAAUUGGCCCUGAUUGUGGCUACUACGUUUAGGAGAUAUGACUUUGAUUUGUAUCAGGACGUGUUGGAGACGAGAGAGGGGUUUCUGAGAAAACCGUUGGAGUGUAUGGUAGGGAUUAAGAAGAGGGCGAAUAUUUGA